CUUCGGAAGUCCCCCAGACGCCACGCAUCACUGCAGUAGGACCCUAGAGGUCGGGUCUCCGGGGCAGGGACCGCUCGCCGCUCUUCGAUUCCGCCGCGCGUCCGCCUCCGCUCGCAGUGUGUGCCGUCCGUCUGUCCUGCCGCCGCCCCGGCGUCCCAGGGACUUGCGCACAGCGCCGCCGCCUCCGCCACUGCCCGCCUCCCCCGCCCCCCAGGGCAGCGCGCCGGGGCUCCGAGACUGCGCCGCUGCAGCCGCUGCAGCCGCCGCCGCCGCCUCCGCCAGGGGGAGCGAGUCCCCGACGGGAGACGCGCCGGCCGGCUAGCUUCCUGCGAACGCGCCUUCCAACUUGAGCUUCCCGCGCCUCCAGGCCCCGGUUCUGAAGCGUGGAGAAGAAAGAUGGAGACCGAGUCCCGGGCGCAAACAACAAAUCAGACGCAAACAGAUUCAUUAUCUCCAUCCCCUAAUCCUGUGUCACCUGUGCCUUUGAAUAACCCAACAAGUGGCCCAAGAUACGGAACUGUGAUCCCUAACCGCAUCUUUGUAGGAGGGAUUGAUUUUAAGACAAAUGAAAAUGAUUUAAGAAAAUUUUUCUCCCAAUAUGGGUCUGUAAAAGAAGUGAAGAUUGUUAAUGACAGAGCUGGAGUGUCCAAAGGGUAUGGUUUCAUCACUUUUGAAACUCAAGAAGAUGCACAAAAAAUCUUACAAGAGGCUGAAAAACUUAAUUAUAAGGAUAAGAAACUCAACAUUGGUCCAGCAAUAAGAAAACAACAAGUAGGGAUUCCUCGUUCUAGUAUAAUGCCAGCUGCUGGAACAAUGUAUCUAACCACUUCAACUGGAUACCCUUACACUUAUCAUAAUGGUGUUGCUUAUUUUCAUACUCCAGAAGUAACUUCUGUCCCGCCAUCUUGGCCUUCACGUUCUAUAUCUAGUUCUCCUGUGAUGGUGGCUCAGCCAGUUUAUCAACAGCCUGCAUAUCACUACCAGGCCCCAGCACAGUGCUUACCAGGACAGUGGCAGUGGGGGGUUCCCCAGUCCCCUGCUUCUUCUGCUCCAUUCCUAUAUCUGCAACCUUCUGAGGUUAUUUAUCAACCAGUAGAAAUUGCACAAGAUGGUGGCUGUGUUCCUCCUCCACUGUCUCUGAUGGAAGCUUCAGUUCCAGAGCCUUAUUCUGAGCAUGGAGUUCAAGCAGCAUAUCACCAGGUUUAUGCUUCAAGUGCCAUUGCUAUGCCUGCACCUGUGAUGCAGCCAGAGCCAAUUAAAACAGUGUGGAGCAUUCAUUAUUAAGACAAUUGGGCAGCUCUAGUCCAGCUCAACUGAUUUCUUGUCCAUUGAUCCUUGUGUGACCAAGAUCCAGCUUCAAGGAACCGGCUAGAAGCUGCCCGUUGUGAAACUUAGGGUUAGUUAAUACCUCACCCCAUUUAUUUACUCCAUAAUAAGCUGUCUAAAUUUGACAUUUGCUUUUACUGCUGUUUUACAAAUUUUAAUUAGGUAGAUGUGGCAUUUGGCUUUAUAUGUGUUAGUUUAAUUGCAGUAAGACUUCCUAGAUGUUUUAUCCAUUCCAUAAAUAAUAACUAUAUCAGGAAUAGUGAGGUGUCUUUCAUUUUCUCUACUUGGUGUUACUUCUUUUAAUCUCAGAGUUUUAGACAUUUUGUUUUCUAUCUUUGAUAUUUAAACAUUUUGGAUAAGAGUCAUGUCUAAUAGAAUUUUAAUUCUUCCAUAACUUAUAGAAUGUACUAGCCUUAAUGGUUUCAUUUUGUCAAUUUGCUUUGUUGUAUUAUCACUUACUAUGCUUUGUUGAAUUUUUUUUUGUUACUGCUACUCAUUUAGUGUUGUUUCUGCAUGGUUUUCUGAAUUUAAAUAGUAUUUAAUACUUUGUGAUAACAUCUUCCAAAUAUUAGAAAUACUACCAACAUGAUCAAUAUUCUUGCUUUUUCAGCUUAUUAAUUAAACUAUAUGAAUUUUUUCUAAUGUUUCAGAUAAAAGCAUAACCUUGUACAUCAUCUAUUUGAUAUCAAAGUUUAUAUAAUGUUGAUCCACCUCAUAGAAUUUUUAUAAAAGAGGGGCUCACUUCUGACAUUAUCAUAUACUUUUCCAGUGUAUUAGUUCUCUUAGAAUGCUCACUUCCUUUUCUCACUUUUACCAAUCUAUACAAUUACAUAUGAUUAAUUUAGUAAGACAAUUAUUUUCAUUAAAUGCAAAAUUAUUUCUUAUACCAAAGGAAAACUGUAGAUUCUAGUUCCAGGGCCAACUCACAUUAUAAACUUAGAAAAUGGUAGAAGAGAUUAAUUGUUCAAAAGAUGGAGGACAAGUCAUAUGUUUCUAAUCAGGAAAAUCUCUGUAGUAGGACAAGAAAUAGCUCUUUUUAUAUUUAUUAGAAGUUCUUUCACUGGCGUAUUAACUUUAGAACAGAAGGAGAAAAGUCUAAUUAUCAACAUUACCCUAAUGAUUGUCCCUCUCCUCACCUGUCCAAGCCCCUCAUGCAUUCCAUGCUCAGCAGCAGCAGUAAAAACAGGACCAGACCCCAGACUUUUUCCCAUGAGUCAAAUAGGCUUUUUUCUUCUGAAACCACAAUAAGUAUGUUUGUCAGUCAGAUGGUUUCCUGAGAAUGAUAGGACCCAUGUCUAUAUACUGGCAUACGAAUAUCUCACGCACUAAUUAUUCUCAGUUUUAAAAAAUGUAAUAGACUAGUAAGUCCCAUAAUGAAAUGUCAAAAAAAGAUUUUGUUCUGUAAUUUAGAAAAAUUAUUAACCAGUGAUGUUAGAAAUCUUUUAUAAUAGCACUAUCCUUGAGAACAAAAAAGGUUACUGUUUGGUUUUUAAGGUGUUAAACAUGAUGCUAAACAAAUCCUGGACUGUUAAUAAAAAUUAAUGAUGUAUUAUAUUGAA